AUGCUAGUGAACGGACGCGGUUUGGCACAGUUAUGCACCGAUGAGUCAUACGAAUCGAAAUAUUCCGGUGUUCUCUUUCUGUUACAGGAUGGACGUUGGCGAUCGUUGUACGCUAUAUUAAAAGCUAAUUUAUUGUUUUUAUUCAAUCAGCCUGAAAAUGUCGGAGUUAAAGCACCAUGUAUAAUUCUGAUUUUGGAGGACUGUUACAUGGAAUUGUGUGAUGAUAAUACAACAAAACGGUCGUAUUCCUUUGAAGUCAUUUUAAAAACGACUGGACGAAGAUUCACAUUUGCUGCGGACAGCUUUAAGGCCUUAGAACGGUGGAUUUCGUCAUUAACGGUCGCUUCAUUGGAAUAUAUUACCAUCACAAAACAGUCAUUUUUGGAACAAUUAAAUGACAGUGAAAAAAAGACCUAA